AAUGUCUCAAACUACUUAUAUUUAGAAGCCAACCUUUUAUAAAACUAAAAGAGUUUGUCCGAACUUUAAUGGAGUUAAUGAGCUCCUCGGCUUCUUUAAGAAAUUUCAAUUGGUCCACAGUUGCCGAAAAAGGUUCUUUAAAAUACCUACUGCUCCAAACUCUAACCAGCUAAUGAAGAAUGGCAUCGGAAUCGUGACUUCAAAAGAGUAAAUGGAAUAUUCGACUUCUAAACAACGUGCGGCACUAAUUCAUCUACAUAUCAGAACUUUGCAAUAGCCGGACACACAAAGAACAGUUCCUCCAUGCUAGUUACCACACUCAAAUAUUUACUAAUUUGUUUUCAAUAUUGAUGUAAAACAAAACAAACACAGAUAUUUAUUCAUCAUCAUCCAACAACAAAAUAUACGUACCAUUCAAAUACAACAGUCUAAGAAAAUACAAUAGUGGGACCCUAUUGUAAUUGAGGUUUUUGCAUUGUACAUUUCUCACAGCUGAUCCCAAUUAAAAAGAUGGCUGAACUGAUGGACGCUAAGUUAAAAAAGGAUAAAAUAAGGCGGCGGGAAAAACCUAAUAAGAAAUGGACAGAAGAAGAAGUGGGACAAGUUCUUAACUAUUUGCAGGAGCAUCCGUCGUUUGAAAUGCCUUCUGCACAAAUUUUUUACAAAACAAUAACUAUUAGAAACAGGCAUCUCAGCAGAUUGGAAUUCAGUGUGGUGGAGAGUACGCAUCAUGCGCACCGCAUACAACAAAGCAGAACAGUAGAGAAAGUGCAGAACAGUGUGUCAACUUCUUGGACCGAAAUUCUAAAUUGUCGCAUUAAGAUCAUCGAUAUCUUUUUUUUUACCACCAAUAAAGGUCAUUCAAUAAGUCAUUUAUGGUUAUCAUAUUGAGGUUUCAUGUCAGGAAAACUUCUCUUUCGAGUCCAUGAAGUGACAGAAAUCUGUUGGAAAUGCUAUUAAUCCAUCGAGGUGUCAACUGCCAACUGCUUCUACAUUCGCAAUUUGAUAUUGUUGCAAAAACACUCAUAUGUUAGUUUUUAAUUGGCGAUUCUUUAUGUGUCGCCACAAAUUAAAUGAUUUUAGGCAUGCGAUUAGCCCGUUAGUAACAGUUGAUCCAGGAAUAAUUAGAAGAGUCUGGCGUAAAUCACCUGCUAACAGAAUGCUGGCUCCAUCAAAAACGUUCAUCGACAAUCAAGACCUUUUAAAGUCCUGUGCCGGACCUCCAGCGACUUCUUGAAUAUUUGGAACAUCUUCGUUAUAGCGCUAUUUUUGGCGAUUUUGCCGACUGGUGUUUCGUUCAUUUGCAAUUUAGGAGUAAUUUCAAGGCCGAAUGUGCCGUUUGUUUGCCUACUAACCAUGGUGGUGAAAAUGAGUGAAAUUGGUUCUGGAAUUACAUCAGCCCUCAUAUACUAUAUACGAUGAUUUUCUAUUGGACUUUAUGCCGAAUAUGUAGGUCAAAUUGUGUGUUAUCUUAAUAAAAUUACAUCAAUAAAUUGCGACAGUAUAAAA